AUGAGCUCCUCACUCGAGGCCAAAAUCGUCGUCCUAGGCGCGCAAGGUGUAGGAAAAACCUCCCUCGUCCAUCGUUAUGUCCGAAAUUCCUUUAAUCCAAGCACAACAACCUCAACCGUAGGCGCGUCAUUCAUCACAAAACGCGUCCUAGAUACAACUUCCGACACAACUGUCCGUCUCCAAAUAUGGGAUACUGCUGGCCAAGAACGUUUCAGAUCUAUCUCCCGCCUUUACUACCGUGGCGCGCACGCUUGCCUCCUUUGCUACGACAUUACGGAUGAAAAUUCCUUCCAGGAAAUGGCGGGCUGGCUAAGGGAGUUAAGGAAGAAUAUUGGAGAUCCGGCUGAUCCGGAUUCCCCACCCCUGGUUAUUCACGUUGUUGGUACGAAGUCGGAUAUCGUUGCGAUUGAUCCGAGUAAACGACGUGUUCCUUUUGAGAGGACUAUUGCUUAUGUUGCCGAACAACUUUAUCCUUCGAGGGCGAGUACCCCGCCUCCUACGGCUGGGAUUGGGAGUUCCAUAGGUAUGGGACUUGGGUUUGGGAAUUUUGGUCAUGGGAAUAAUGCUGGGAAUGGGAGUGCGGUAUCGGGUGGAAGUGCGGCGAAUGUUUCGAAUGGACCGUUACAGAGUCCAGAUAGUAAACGCAGCUCUGCGUUUUGGGGUCAGGAAAUUGGGUGGGAUUGUUGUCAUGAGAUUUCUGCGAAGGAUGGUGAGGGUAUUGAGGAGGUUUUUAGGGUCAUUACGAGGAAAUUGGUUGAGCAGCGGAAUCGUCGUGAUGCUGAUUUGUUGAGUGCGGUCACUUCACCUCUUGAAGGUCCGACUACGACGUUUGCGCCGGGUACUAUAGAUGGAAUGGGCAGCUUUCGUUUGGGAUAUGGGGAUAAGAGGAGGAGUUGGUUGGGUCUUGCGACGCCGACUGUUGGGGAAGCGGAGGAGGUACAGGUUAUGCAGAGUGCGAAGCGAAAGGAACGGUGCUGUUGA